CAUUACCGAAAUGCGAUGUUUUUUCGGAACUCUGACAGUUAAUGGUUCAGUCCUUCGAGCUAGACGUGUGCGUGUAACACAAAAGCUAUAUUAAUUGUGUAAAAAGCAAAAUUUAACUGGUGUUACGAUGUCUCGUUUCUUCGCCGGUGGUUCGGACUCUGAUUCCGACAGCUCUUCUGAUAGCGAGCCAGUAAUUCGUCAGCAAGUGGCUCAGUUCACGUUCAGUGAUGAGGAGGAGGACGUCAAGCGCGUCGUAAGAUCGAAGAAGGAGAAGCGCUAUGAAGACCUCUCCAAUAUCAUCAAGAGUAUCCGGAACCAUAAGAAGAUCAAGGAUAUGUCGAGUGUAUUGACGAGCUUUGAGGAAUUUAUGCGAGCGUAUACGAAGGCGUUGCCGGUAGUUAUGAAGGAAGAGAAUGGCGUAACGCCUCGUAUUGUCGUUCGUGCGCUUGCUGAGCUGGAGGACUUUGUUAAUGAGAGCUGGGACGACAAGGAGAGUCGGAAAAAUCUCUCGAAGAAUAAUAACAAAGCGCUAGGAACUCUGCGACAAAAAUUCAGGAAGUACAUCAAAGAUUUCGAAUCGGAUAUGAAGCGUUUCCGCGCCGCUCCAGAAGAUUUUGCCGAAGAGGAAGAGGAUGAUGAACGCGAAGACGAAAAGGGGUCCGAUGAGGAAGAGGAGAAGGUUGUGGUACAAGUCGAACCGAAAGCGGUAUCCUUCAAAAAGGAACCAGAGAAGGCCAAACCUGUUAAGCCUGUGGCGGAUUCCGAUUCGUCGGACUGGGGCAGCGAUUCCGACUCGGACAGCACCUCUUCCGACGAGGAUGCUAAAUACACCAGCAUUCGCGACCGGUUCUUGAAGAAGCCAGAGAAGGGUACGGAAGAAAUUGCUUCAGCACCUUCCGGUGUAUCUGGUGACGAUGCGUUUAAGAAAGAGAAGAAGAAGAAAACGGGCGAAGCUUUGAGCAAGAAGAAGAAACCCAAGCAAGAUGAAAUGUUUGACGAGAACGAGGAGGAGGAAGAAGGCUGGAAGGUGGUCAACGGAACAAGGUCCGGUGCUUCCGAGCAGCCGAAAAUGUUCGCCAAGGAUGCAGAAAUCGACACGAAGCUGGUCGUAAACAAGCUGAACGAAGUGAUGGCUGCCCGAGGUAAAAAACGUACAGAUCGAAAAAUGCAGAUUGAGUUUCUUCGUGAGUUGCGUACAGUGGCCGAGACCAACAAUCUUGGCCCGGCGGUGGCGGUGAAAAUUCGUUUCAACAUUGUUUCUGCCAUAUUCGACUACAAUCCAAAAGUAUCUGGAGCGAUGAAACUGGAACACUGGAGUAAACUAUUGGAAGAAAUUCAAGAACUGCUGAAACUGCUUCUGGCUCACGAGGAUGUGCAUCUAUCCGAGUCGAUCUUGGAUGAAUACGAAGAGUACGAUACUGCACCGUUCAAGAUACGCGGCUGCAUGCUGACUGCAGUGGAACGGUUGGAUGACGAGUUCACAAAACUGUUGAAAGAAUGCGAUCCGCACAGCAAUGAGUACGUUGACCGGCUGAAGGACGAGGUCCCAGUCACGAACAUAAUAGAACAAGUUGUCACUUACGUUGAGCGACUCGGUAAUGAAAUGGAAAUCUGCCGCAUCUAUCUACGCAAGAUUGAUCAUCUGUACUACAAAUUCGACCCGGACGUGUUGAAAAAACGAAAGGGUCAACUGCCAGCCAACACCAUAACGUCGGUUGAAGAGAUGGAUAAGCUUUGUCGUUACAUCUAUGCCAAGGAUCAAACGGAUCGGUUACGCACACGUGCAAUCCUAUCGCACAUAUUCCAUCAUGCAUUGCAUGAUAACUGGUUCCAGGCGCGUGAUUUAGUGCUGAUGUCGCACCUGCAGGAAACAAUCCAUCAUUCCGAUCCCGCAACCCAGAUUCUGUACAAUCGUAUGAUGGCCAAUUUAGGCUUGUGUGCCUUCCGCCACGGCAAUAUCAAGGAUGCUCACCUGUGUCUGGUAGAUUUGAUGAUGACGGGUAAGCCGAAAGAAUUACUCGCUCAAGGACUAGUACCGCAACGUCAACACGAACGCUCGCUUGAACAAGAGAAAAUCGAGAAGCAACGUCAAAUGCCGUUCCACAUGCACAUUAAUCUGGAGCUGCUCGAGUGUGUCUAUCUGGUGUCUGCUAUGCUGCUCGAGAUUCCAUACAUGGCGGCUCAUGAGUUCGAUGCGCGUCGUCGAAUGAUCAGUAAGACAUUCUACCAGCAAUUGAGAUCAUCCGAGCGACAGUCUCUGGUUGGACCACCGGAGUCGAUGCGCGAGCAUGUGGUUGCUGCUGCAAAGGCAAUGCGGCACGGCGAUUGGAAUGCUUGUGCCAACUUCAUUGUCAACAAAAAGAUGAAUGUUAAAGUGUGGGAUCUUUUCUACGAAGCUAAUCGCGUGCGUGAAAUGAUGAUUAAAUUCAUUAAAGAAGAAUCGCUCCGCACAUAUUUGUUUACAUACUCGAAUGUCUUUGCAUCGAUUAGCGUACCACACUUGGCCGACAUGUUCAAGCUACCGAAAAGCAAGGUCCACUCGUUAAUCAGCAAAAUGAUAAUCAAUGAAGAACUAAUGGCAUCACUGGAUGAUCCUACCGAAACGAUCGUCAUGCAUCGUUCUGAACCGUCUCGUCUACAAGCCCUUUCGAUGCAGCUGGCCGACAAAGUGACCAAUCUGGUGGACGCAAACGAACGAAUCUUCGAAAUGAAGCAAGGAAACUUCUUCCAGCGUGGCGGUAACCAAGGGUACAAUCGUGAUCGCCAGAAUUAUCGCAAUCAGAAUCAAAAUCAAAACUGGAACAACAAUCGUCGCCAGGACAACCGCAAUCGUGGUAACCGCGGCAAUCAGAACCGUGGAGAGGGACGGGAACAACGUGAACACCACCGCGAUCACCAUCGCGACCAGCGCGAACACCGGGAGCAUCAGAAUCGAGAAUUUAGAGAACAGCGCGAGCAGAUGCGCAACGUUGAAUACCAAAACAAGGCUGAGUAAUUGUUUGGAUUAUUGCGUUGCAACGCACCGGGAGAGCAGAUUCGUUCAGAUCACUGAUAGCGGCAGAUUCAUCUACCAGUAUCUUUGCCACAGCGAGGUAAACGCGAUACAUUUUUUAAAAUCAGGUUUGUAAACUUUCACCUAAAAGUGCACAGAAUUGAUAGAAAUACGGAGGAUUUUACCAUCGUUCUUCCGCUUUUUAGAUAUUCUAGGUACUAGAAGGGUAGUAUUCUAUCGACUAAAUAUUACGCAAAAAAUGUUCAUUAAAGUAAAGCUCCUCAGAAAAUCCGUUAAAUUUAUACUAUUACCAACAGUACUACAAAUAAAAAGCCGAUACAUAAUUGCCAUUCAUUUGGAACAUCAAGCAGAGCAUCGAAAACCUGCAGGGUAUUACGAAUGCUUGGCAUGUUGUAUUGAACAUCGGAGCAAAAAAACGUUGAAGUGUAUCAUGUUUUGGAAAGAACACAAUUGUUGAGCAACAGUAGGUAUGGAGGGGGCCAUUACAGGUUCAAAACAACAUAACAUUUCUAAUUAAAGGAUACAUACAACAAACACUAUCUAGCUCUAUUAACUUUUUCUGGGUUGUAAUAAAAUACAUAUGUUUGAAAAUUAUACCUGAUUAAAACAGAUGAAAAUAAUACUCAUUUACCCUUUGGUUGAAGGGUAGUGAAAGCAUGCUAGUCUACUUCUGUAUGAUAUCUUAGUAAAAAUAAUUGGUGUUAUUUUCUUUCAUGAUGUACAUUAGUGAUGAGCGGGUCGACCCAAACCUACCGGAUCGGAGCCAUCCAUAAGCGAUCCGGAGUCGUAAAGGUCGACCCGAAAGUAGGUUCAGUAGGUGCAAUGAUUCCGGUAAGUGCAAGAAAGCAUAAGCGAUUCCGAUUCGUUGGUGUAGCGAGUUCAGGUCGACUAUUGAACCUACUGUUACCCGACUCGAUGAUGAUAAUGAUAAAUUGACCAAGAUUUUCCGCAGAGCAAAAUGCGCUGGUUUUUGAAUCGGUUAAUUGGGUGUUGUUUUGUUUGAAGAUAUCCCCAAGGCUUUCUCCAAUUUCAUCGACGUCAAUGAAGGGCAUUUCACGUGAAGCGUGGGGCCAAAAUGCCAAGCGCUAUCUAUAUAUUUCUCAGGGUACCGGAUUUUUCGUUAAAUUCUCGACAAUUUGGUGUGAGGAAAAGUUUAUGUUCGCUUAUCAAUACAUUUGAAUGUUUAUUCCCAAAUUAAGAACUGUUGUGGACAGACCGCUGCCUCAUCCUGAGGGCUCACUGUUGACAGCAGGGCUGUAAUCCUGUGACGUCCUCAGUAAGGAUCGCGGCGCGAGAAGGACCAGUCGUCCUCUCCCCGCAUUGCGUGUGUUGUGUAUAUCAUUUAUUACCCGUGUUUAUUGUACCUAUACCAAAGAUAGGAAUAAAACACAUAUUCUGUUUGUGCCGUACACCACCGUCUCCAUGUCUCAUUUUUGCGGACACAACAAGAACUCUAGCGUGGAGUUUGCGUUUCGCGCGUUUUUACUCUUCAUCGGUGCGGAUAUUCUGGAAAUGUAAAAAUAGCCUAUUCAAUCGGCAUUAUUAUUAUAUUACUUUUUUUACUUUUUAAUUGAAGUCGCUUACUUUUGGCUAUGAAAAUGUAAUGCUCGUAACAUCGAAAUCGACAACAUGGAAAUUUAAAGAGCGUUUAAGAUUUGUAUAACACAUAUGAAAUUAUAUUAGUAUCAUUAAGGCUUAUGUAACUAUUUCACACCGGACUACAAGUACAAAAUACAAAUACAAACAAACAAAUAUUAUCAAUAAAAAAAAUGAUCAAAGGCAAAUUAAGAGAAUUGUUUUAUACGAGUGAUAUAUUUUCGAUUGUAGCACGUUCAUCCAUUGUGCUCGAUAAUAAAAUUUUACUAUCCUCCUGGCUGUUCGGACUGCUUGGUACUUAAUUAAGUCUUGAUCAUAAGACUGUGUAGGACGGGGCAUGAUCGCUUAGUUAGUUACGCCAAAUAGAAGAACAUAAGGAGAGGUUUAGUGUACUGUGACUACAAUACAGAUAAAGUAUUACAUCAAGGAAAUUAAUCACAAUUAAAGUAGACAAUACAAUAAUAGCUUUUUAUUAUUAUUUAUUGCGUUGCUUAUUUGUUAUCAUGCUAUGUGAUGCUAGAUUAGCGCUUUGCUAAUAAUUCUAUAUGAAGUUACUUUCAGCGCGGUCUCCUAAGACGUCUCCGUUCCGUUGCGAUGUGGAAUUGUUGUUUAGUAUCGUGAUGGACCCUACGUGUUGCGUUUUUGUUGGCUUGCUGUUGUCUUUUUAUUAAGAUAGGAAACAUAUCAGCUAUUCAAAUUAGCUUACACUUAAGAAUGUCGAAAAAUAGUUAGUGUCUAACUGUCUAACUCAAUAACAGUUUAUGCAUUUAUGCAGCAACUAAUAUUAUAAUAGGUAAAGUUUCCUAUUUGCAAUAUCAGAUCACUGCCAUCAUUAACUUCAUUUGAGCCGCGUAGCAUAAUGUAAAUUACAGUAUAACCUCACUAGUUGGGACUUUUUUAGUUGGAUUGUUCACUAGCUGGCACCUCAAUAGUGGAAUUGUCAUCCAACCAACGAGGUAGCUUUGACAGAAAGAAAACUCGGAACGGUAGUCAUGGUCAGCUUUUAAUCAAAGCCAUUGCGAUGAAUUUGCGUUUGGUUCAAACAAGUUUGGAGGACAAAAUUUUUCAGUUUCGUAUUCAUUCAUCACAUUGGCGGUCUGCCAAACAACUCAACCAUCGAGUUGCACAUCCACUAGUUGGUACGCAAUCUUUAUCCCUCCCAGUGAGGUCAUAUUGUAUAUUGUCUUCAACACAAACAUACAGCUACGAUGUUUAACAUUAUAGAUGUUAUAAUGUAAUAAAGCGACAAUGCUAGCAGAUCCAAACGAGAUCAUGAAUAGAAGAAUCCCAGUCGCACCACAUUUACCAUACCAGAUUCUAAUUCCGCCAACUAAGCUUACCGACUUAGCAUCAUUGUAACGAGACAAUCUACUACUUGGCUUUGCUGUACUUGCUGUUUCUCGUGUUUGUUUUAAUGCACUAAAAUCGUUUCCCUUCAUCUCAACCCAUGUUGUUGUUCCCUUUUGCUUCUUACAGUCCUACAUUGCUGGUGUCUGUUCGUGAUCUUAACGUAUUAUUUGCUCGAUUAGAACCGUUCCUUAUACCGUUUAGCGAACCGUUGUUUUCUGUUUUGUUUCUUUAUGCUUUAAUUAUUGUCAAUUUGGAGUGCAUCAUUUGCUGGUGCUGCUUGAGCAAUAAUUCACUUCGCUAGAUCCGUUAUAGGCCAAAUUAAAAAAAAAAAACUCCUGCACAAUUGCAAAGGCGCCCUCCUUUUUGCUGACUGACCAUACAAACGAUGGCUUACUGGUUAGUUGUGUUUUUACCAUUGUUUUAGCGUUCCUACCAUGCUUCGGCAUUUGCAUUGUAUUUAUAUGUAUAUUUUACGGCUGUAUAUGUAUAUGUGUAUAUAUAUAUUCAUUUACGGUUUUGUAUAUAGAUAUUUAUGUAUAUUUUGUAUAAUUGUUUGUAUACGGUUAUAUCAUGUUCAUACCGCCUAUGGAUUGUAAGGUGGCUCAAUAUAUCGUGUUUGUUCAUAGCUUCAUUACAUUCUUCCUUAUACUCAUUUACGGAUGGUCCACAUAUUAUUUAAUUUUCCCUCAUCCGUCCCUUGCCAGCAAGCGGAGAGAAGACUGUCGAUUCACAUGAUCUUCCUUCCUCCGUCCCGUAUUUCUUCUGGUACAUAUACUUUCUAUGGUAUUACUACGUAAAUCGUAAUUAUGUUUCAUUACACGGAGCACUCUUCGUCAGCAUCUUAACCUGACUGUUGAGCAAACGAUGUUUUUCCUUGAAGCGUCAGUAUCAUCUGUAUGUAUCAUCUGACGCGUGAUCGGACCGGUUUGAGCAUUUGACCACUCAUAUUCAACCUAACUGUGUAACUAGAUCGUAUG